UUCCCCCCGGAUGUUUUGAUGAUUCUUUAGAACCAACGAAACGUGUGCUUUCCUUCCAAGGGUUGGCGGAGUUGGCUCAUCGGGAGUAUCAGGCGGGAGACUUUGAGGCAGCAGAAAGACAUUGUAUGCAGUUAUGGAGACAAGAACCUGAUAAUACGGGAGUCCUCCUCCUCCUCUCCUCCAUCCAUUUCCAGUGUCGCAGGCUGGACAGGUCUGCCCACUUUAGCACUUUGGCAAUUAAGCAGAAUCCAUUACUGGCAGAGGCGUACUCCAACCUGGGAAAUGUCUACAAAGAGCGAGGACAGCUACAAGAAGCCAUUGAACAUUAUAGACAUGCUCUACGGCUAAAACCGGACUUCAUCGAUGGAUACAUCAACCUGGCCGCGGCGUUGGUGGCUGCUGGUGACAUGGAGGGUGCGGUGCAGGCCUACGUCUCUGCCCUUCAGUACAAUCCUGAUUUGUACUGUGUCCGUAGUGACCUGGGUAAUCUACUCAAAGCCCUAGGUCGCUUAGAAGAAGCUAAGGCCUGUUAUCUGAAAGCAAUUGAGACACAGCCAAACUUUGCAGUUGCUUGGAGCAAUCUCGGAUGUGUGUUUAAUGCACAGGGUGAAAUCUGGCUUGCUAUUCAUCACUUUGAGAAGGCUGUAACACUUGAUCCUAAUUUUCUGGAUGCUUACAUUAAUUUGGGGAAUGUUCUUAAAGAAGCCCGCAUAUUUGACAGAGCUGUUGCUGCAUAUUUACGAGCGCUCAGUCUUAGUCCCAACCAUGCCGUGGUCCAUGGAAAUCUGGCGUGUGUAUAUUAUGAACAAGGGCUCAUUGAUCUUGCUAUCGAUACAUACAGAAGGGCCAUUGAACUGCAGCCGCACUUUCCUGAUGCCUACUGUAAUCUUGCCAAUGCGCUCAAAGAAAAAGGCAGCGUGGUUGAUGCUGAAGAAUGCUACAACACUGCUCUCCGCCUGUGCCCGACACACGCCGAUUCCCUCAACAACCUUGCCAACAUCAAACGUGAACAGGGGAACAUUGAGGAGGCGGUCCGUCUCUACAGGAAAGCUCUGGAGGUCUUCCCAGAAUUUGCGGCUGCUCAUUCCAACCUUGCCAGCGUCCUCCAACAACAAGGCAAGCUUCAGGAGGCUUUGAUGCAUUACAAGGAGGCCAUCAGAAUAAGUCCAACGUUUGCUGAUGCUUAUUCCAAUAUGGGUAACACACUGAAAGAAAUGCAAGAUGUCCAGGGAGCUCUUCAGUGCUACACCAGAGCCAUUCAGAUCAAUCCGGCCUUUGCAGAUGCCCACAGUAACCUGGCUUCCAUUCAUAAGGAUUCUGGAAAUAUUCCCGAAGCGAUUGCGUCAUAUCGGACCGCUCUGAAGCUGAAGCCGGAUUUCCCCGAUGCUUACUGCAACCUGGCACAUUGUCUGCAGAUUGUCUGUGAUUGGACGGACUAUGAAGAGCGGAUGAAGAAGUUGGUCAGCAUUGUUGCAGAUCAGCUGGAGAAGAAUAGACUUCCCUCUGUCCAUCCUCACCAUAGCAUGCUGUACCCGCUGUCCCAUACCUUCAGGAAAGCCAUCGCUGAGAGACAUGGAAACCUGUGCUUGGACAAGAUUAAUGUCCUUCACAAGCCACCGUAUGAACAUCCAAAGGACUUAAAGGCCAGCGAUGGAAGACUGCGGGUGGGUUAUGUGAGCUCCGACUUUGGGAAUCAUCCCACCUCGCACCUCAUGCAGUCCAUUCCAGGCAUGCAUAAUCCAGAUAAGUUUGAGAUUUUCUGUUACGCUCUGAGCCCAGAUGACGGCACCAAUUUCCGGGUGAAGGUGAUGGCAGAAGCAAACCACUUUAUUGAUUUGUCCCAGAUUCCGUGUAAUGGGAAGGCAGCUGACCGCAUUCAUCAGGAUGGAGUUCACAUUCUAGUUAACAUGAAUGGCUACACCAAAGGGGCCCGAAAUGAGCUGUUUGCUCUCAAAGCUGCCCCAAUUCAGGCUAUGUGGUUAGGUUACCCAGGAACAAGUGGAGCACCAUUCAUGGAUUACAUCAUAACUGACAAGGAGACGUCUCCUAUCGAAGUGGCAGAACAGUACUCUGAGAAAAUGGCAUAUAUGCCCAACACCUUCUUCAUUGGAGACCAUGCCAACAUGUUUCCUCAUUUAAAGAAAAAAGCCGUCAUCGACUUCAAGUCCAACGGCCAUAUCUAUGACAACAGAAUCGUCCUCAAUGGAAUCGACCUGAAAGCCUUUCUGGAGACUCUGCCUGAUGUCAAGAUUGUGAAGAUGAAAGGUGCGGAGAGCGGAGACACCUCAGACAGUAACUCGGCUCUCAAUAUGCCAGUUAUACCCAUGAAUACCAUCGCUGAAGCCGUCAUCGAGAUGAUCAAUAGAGGACAGAUCCAGAUAACAAUCAAUGGAUUUAAUAUCAGCAAUGGCCUGGCAACAACGCAGAUUAAUAAUAAAGCAGCGACAGGGGAAGAAGUCCCUCGUACAAUCAUUGUCACCACGCGGUCACAGUACGGGUUACCCGAGGACGCCGUGGUGUACUGCAACUUCAACCAGCUGUAUAAGAUUGACCCCCCGACGCUGCAGAUGUGGGCCAAUAUUCUGAAGCGCGUUCCCAACAGCGUCUUGUGGCUUUUGCGAUUUCCUGCCGUCGGUGAGCCGAACAUUCAACAAUACGCCCAGAAUAUGGGGCUGCCGCAGUCCAGGAUCGUCUUCUCUCCGGUCGCUCCUAAAGAAGAACAUGUGCGAAGAGGACAGCUGGCCGACGUGUGCUUGGAUACCCCUCUGUGUAAUGGGCACACCACUGGGAUGGAUGUCCUCUGGGCUGGCACACCUAUGGUCACUAUGCCAGGUGAGCAAUGUGAUACUCUCGCAUCGCGCGUCGCUGCGUCCCAGCUGACCUGUCUGGGGUGUCCGGAGCUGAUUGCGAAGGGCAGGCAGGACUACGAGGACAUCGCGGUGAAGCUCGGCACAGACCUGGAGUAGUGAGUAUCCCCCGAUCUGUACAAU